AUGGAAGAAACGAAUAUCCACAUAGAAAGCUCCACAAACACCGCGAAUGUUAGCGCCGAAGAGAAAAUUGGAAAUGUCAAGUUAACCGCGAACAAAGAUGAAUCAUCUGGAAAUGAAUGCAGGGAUGUCACCAAAGUUGUCACCAAAGAUAGGGAGAUGGAAAUCACUGACUUCGCCAUUUUACCUAGUGAAAUAGCGGAACGAUCACAAAUGAACCAAUUCACUAGAAAUUUUGGCGAUUAUAGGAUAGUUUUUUGUGAAAAGAAGAGAUAUCGUGAUGCAUUAAAAACGUAUAAUGCUGAUUUUAUUUUCAAUAAUUAUUUAAAAAAUUGUAAAUGGAAUUAUAAUGGUGAAUUUUUAGUUACCACAAGUCAGGAUCGACUUCAUUUUGUUCACGAGAUUCCGAUGACAUGUGUUCUGUUUGAUUUUUGUUGGCAUCCAAAUGAAAAUUUGGUUGCUUUUGCACCAAGAGAUACUCCAAUUCGAAUGUAUGACAUAAAAGGUGAAGAAAUUAAAGCAUUUGGUGCAAAGACAGCAGUGGAUGAUUUUGAUAUAGUAUAUUCAUUAUGUUAUUCAUUGUGCGGAAACUAUUUAUAUGCUGGUUAUCGUAGCGCAGUCCGCUCAUUCGAUAUCAAUACUGGAGAAUCUGUGAAACAAUCUACUUGGACAAAAGAAAUGGGUGGUCAAAGAGGCAUUAUUUCUUCAUUGGCUAUGAAUCCAGUGAUAGAGGGGACAUAUGCAGCUGGGUCAUAUACAAGUACAAUUGCUCUUUAUUCCAAUUUAUGCUUUGGGCCACAGCUAAGUUUCUAUGGUCCCGAAUCUGGUGUUUCUCAUGUUCGUUUUUCCUCAGAUGGUAGAAAACUUUUCGCUUCUGGCAAACAGUCAGAUGGUAUUUAUUGUUACGAUGUACGAAACACAGUUAGAUUAUUACACAAAUUUAAUCGACCAGCAUUCACAUCACAAAGAUUCUAUUUUGAUAUCGAUAAGUAA